UGUGUGCGGGGACCCUGAACGGGCUGAGCGUGACAGGCGAUGCCCCGCACCAGUACCAGACGCUGUACAAGAUGUACAACAACUGCGAGAUCGUCAUGGGCAACCUGGAGAUUGUGCUGAUUGACCACAACCAGAACCUGUCCUUCCUGCAGACCAUCCGGGAAGUGACGGGCUACGUCCUGAUCGCUAUGAACGUCUUCACAUACCUGCCCCUGGGGAACCUGCGCGUCAUCCGGGGCACGCAGCUCUACGAGGACAAACACGCCCUCUUCGUGCUGCUAAACUAUCACACCAACGGCUCGCACGCCCUCCGCCAGGUGGGGUUCAACCAGCUCACAGAGAUCCUGGCGGGCGGGGUUGACAUCGAGAGGAACGAGCACCUGUGCCACGUGGACACCAUCGAGUGGAGGGACAUCGUCCGGGACCCGCUGAUGGACCCAGUGGUUCGGCAGAAUGGCAGGGAGGGGGAGUG